UCUUUCAUGCGACAUCCCUUUCUCUCAUACUUUCUUCCAGACGAAAGUGUUGCCGGCGAUUAUCUCAUACCGCGUGUCGACGUGGAGUGAUGCUAACACGAGGCUGGCAUUGCUUGCCGCACGCCACCAUCAUAUCGUCAUUCCCCGCAUCACCUCUGUAUCCUUUUUGCUUCCUCGCCUUGGUGAGCGUUAUCGACACAUCGACUGCAUACCAUGGACAGUCCGGACUCCAAGCUCCAAUAUCCGCCAGAGGUCCCGGAAGAAGCAGAUUCGUCAUCUCCCGCACCGUCGUCAGACGCCCCCAGGAUCGACCGCUCAGCAGCAGCGCCCCCAAGCCACAAUAAGAGGCGCCCCAAAAGUCUCCCGCGGCAGCGCCACCACCGUCGCGCAGUUCCAGCUUCACAUUCCGAAAUCGAUCUCAUCCACGGCUUCGGGCCAACCGUUACCGACACUCUUCGUCGUGACGUCCAGAUACUCGAUGCCUUUGAGCAACGUUUUGCAGCUCUGAGGACCCAGCUCGUCGAGGCGACGGCUUCUUUGUCGGCUCAUAAACUCCAGCUGCAAAACGCGAAGAUGGAGCUCCAGCGGGCGGAGGGGAUCAUUGCGGAUGUGGACCGCCAGCGGAUCGAAGCGGAAGUCCAGGCGGCAAAGGAUAGGGCGACUACGAGAAGGCUCCUUAUCGAACGUAAGAUGAACGAAGCGAAGGAGCAAGGUUAUCGGGAGGGGUACGAGGAAGGAUUUGGAAUGGUUAGAUCGUUUCGGGAGAUCAGGAGAAGGAAACGCUCGGAGAGGGAUCGAGAGGCUGUUGCGCCACUGAGUUUCGGCAGGGCCACCAAGUCAAGUCUGUCUGUUUCCAUACUGGCUGAUUAUGAAGAUCUUGAGGAACAACUGAAGGUCCCUGUCAACCCGAAUCCUAUGGUCGCUGUCAUGCGGUGCGUGCUCCUUCGUAUAGCUCCGCUUUCUCCAUCGAUAUUCAUCGACCAAUAGAAGUGUCGUCUCAUCAUUCGCCAAUCCUCCUGAUUGGCAGACACGUCGUACGCCUCCUGAUCGACAUCCGGAAGAGCCACUCGGACCUGCUUCAGUGGAACCUGCUCCAUCACCUUCUCCCGAGGAUCGAUCUGCAAGCCCAUCGCCCUCACAUUCG